CACCACCAGUGCCUCCUCCGCCCGCUCUCUCGGGGGAGUCGAAGGCGAGUCCCGCGAGGCCGCCAGCGUCAGUGGGACACAAGGGCGGCUCGGACCACUAUGUGAGAGAGGACGCGGGCGGAAAUAUCCUUCGCCAUGCCUCCCAACAGGACCUCAAGGCCCAACAGGGCUCUUAUAGACGAGUUCUGUAGCAUCACAGGAGCCAAUAAGUCACUUGCUGGAAGCCUCUUGGAAGCAUGUGGAAACAACUUGGAGAUGGCAGUCAACAUGCAUAUGGAAGGGGUCCAUGGUGCCACAGAAUCUGCUAGUGCCAGUACUGGUGCUAGUGCCAGUGGAGCAGUACCAGUCAUAGAUGGUGAAGAUGAGGUUCGAGCUCCCAUUCCUCAAAAGCAAGAAAUAUUAGUGGAAGGACCAGAUGAAAUUGCCUACAGCUUCAGAGGCCGACGAAGAAUAGCAAGAUCAGUUUUUGAUAAGUUUAGAGAUUUUGAAGCUGAAACAAAACGUCAGGAAGCAGAGCUGUUGGCCGGCACUAGUGAAGAUGGAGGAGAAGGAAGUGCAGGGGCAUCCACAAGCAGUGGGGCUUUUGCUGGGCGUAAAAAGCAGAAAAUGAAAACAUUAGAAGAGCUCUUCAGACCUCCCUAUGACCUCAUGUAUGGUGGAACUUUUCAGGCUGCAAGGGAUUCAGGAGUUUCAAGCAAACGAUGGUUGAUGGUGAACAUACAGAACUCAAGUGAAUUUCCUUGCCAAGUCCUCAACCGGGAUGUCUGGUCCAACCCAGCAGUUAAAACCAUUGUGAAGGAACAUUUCGUAUUUUGGCAGGUCUACCAUGACAGCGAGGAAGGUCAAAGGUUCAUGAUGUUUUAUCGUGUGGAAGAAUGGCCUCAUGUGGCUGUCAUUGACCCUCGCACCGGUGAGUGUCUAGUUACAUGGCACAAGCUGGACGCUGUCACCUUCUGUGACCUCAUCACAGAGUUCUUAUCCAGACAUCCUGGACUUGACGAGAACACACCUUCCCCAGAAAAGAAAAGACCUCGCCUGGAAAAAGAUACUAGUAUACUUGAAGCAGAUGAAGAAUCUCAGCUUGAAGCAGCUAUUAAGGCAUCGCUUGCAGAGGUUGAGGAGAAGAAACCCACAGUGACAGCUGUUGCUACUCAGGACACAGAUGAAGAGGAGGAGGAGGAGGACCCAGACACUCUUGAGACAUUUGAGUCAGACUCAGAGGAUGUGGAUUACUCCUUGAAGGAUAUUCAACCAACUCAGAAAGAAUCUGUGAAGAGAACAUUUAAUGGUGAAACUAAAAUGAUUAGAAAAAUAUCCUCCAGUAUAGGAGAUAGUUCAACAAAUAGCAGUGAAAGUAUAGCAUCAGGAGAAAAUUCAUGUGAGGCUGAGAAUUCUUCUGGUAGUGAGGAUGACUGGAAAAUGUACCUUGGUCCAGAAACAGACCCUAUUUCCAAGCUGAUGCUGAGGCUGCCAGAUGGCUCCAGAGACAUCAUCAGCAUGCCUUCUUCCUCAAAGUUAAUGGCACUUAUAAAGUAUGUUGGCAGCAAAGGUUACAGCAAUGAGCAGUAUGAGCUGGUGACCAACUUCCCCCGGCGAGAAAUCUCAUACAUGGAUUUCAACAUUACCCUAAAAGCUGCUGGACUCUUCCCACAAGAAGCCGUUUUCAUCCAGUCCAGAUAACCUUGCCAUGUACAUAAGUGAUUAUGUUUUGUGAGUAGAGUAAUGGAAUGUAUGGCUUGUUAUCAAACAGCUUGAGCAGGGUUAUUCCUGAGAAAUAUGAAUACAACUGGAUGUUUUGAUGUAAAGAUUCUCCCUUUAUGUUUGUGAGAAUAAACUUGACCUUUUUGCAAGUGAUAGGUUAGAAAUUGAUGAUACUGCAAUGAGUUCUAUCCUUCAUUCCAUAAUGGGCUAAUAAUUGACUCUGCAUUGUAGAUCUCAUGUAAUGAAUGAUAUAGAUAUUUAGAUUAAUGUGAUCACAGUGUUCAAAAGAGUUGGGUAAAAACUGUUCACUGCCACUUUCGGCUGUGUUAGGAACUAAUGGUUCCCCUUUAUAUGACAGCAUUACUAGUAUAUUGUUUAUUAUAUCUUAUAAUAUAACCUUUAUUCCAUACAGAAUUGUACUUUAAAUAAGUCUUUGCCAACCAUCUGGCAGCUCCAGUUAAUUCUGUUCUCCAUUAGACUCCUUUUUUAUUUGAAAGGAAGUCUCAGAGGGCAUUACACUUCACAGUUAAUAUAUUUGUAAUUGAAAAGAAUGGUUUGGUUAAGCAGUAAACAGUUGUCACCAUGCAUUAUUGCAAUAUGAUUUGCCAAAGGGUUGGCAAGAGACUUUAAUGAAAGUACAGAAACACAGGUAGGUGGGUUUACCUCUGGUCAUGAUCAUAUUUACUCAUCCAUCACAUGUUCUUUUGGUAUACCAUAAAACUGUUGGAUAUAAAUUUGUAAAUGAUCUAAUUUUUAAAAUGCUGAAUGCAUUAACAGAAUGCAGAAUAAUUUUGUUUUCUGGUUACUAGUGAAAUAUUGUUUAUGGUAGGAAUUAUCCUAAUCCACGUUAUUUAUUUUUUCCCCAUUGCAAUGUCUAUUCUCAGUUGAGAAGUUCUGUUUAUUCAGGUACACUAUUCAUGUUUUACAAUAGCUCAAAACUGCCAGUCUCUCAGGAGACAUAACUGUAAGAGGUAUCCAUCAAAAGAGAGCUUAAGACAUAUUGUCAAAACUCUCAGUGAUUCAUCAUUUUAAUGAAUGAAGCUGCAUAAAUGCUAUUGAAGUGAUGCUGUGCAUAAAAGUCUGUCUGAUAUUUUAAUUUUUUUAGGAUAACUUAUUUAUUUGAAAAUCAACUCUGCUUGUACAGGUUGUCCUGAAAAUAUAUAAUGUAAUAUG